CGCAUGUGGGAGAAAAGAUGGCCAGUGAAGGUGUGCUGAGCGUGCUGGAGGGGUGUUUAAAGAAAAUAAAAGCCAACACAGCACAGCCAGAGAACUUUCUGAGCCUUCAAGAUGGAGUGGCAGCAGACUUUACCUCUCUCACUAAGACCCUGUAUGACCUCCACAAAGCUCAGGAGCCUGCAGCUUAUAAAGGCAGCCCUUUGGCUCAGCUGGUGGUGGAAAACUUUGAUGAAGAGCAAAUCUGGCAGGAGCUGGAGCUGCAGAACAAUGCUGUACUGAAACACUUCAAAAAUGCUACUGACGAGGCAUUGUCAGACAAGACGUUAACGUUGCUGGUAGAGGAGGAGGAAGAGAAUAGUAGUGAGCCAGACAUAGUGACUGAUGAUGAAAAUAUUGAUGAGGAAGAAGAAGAGGAGGAGGAGGAACCACCCAGAAAGCCAAAGAAAAUGGCUGCGGAGGCUGAGGACGGGGCAGAGGAUUACACAGAUGAGGGCUCGGAUUUAGAUUUUGACAUGGAUGCUCUGGAGAAGAGAGAGAAACAGAAGAAGGAUAUUGGAAGGAAAAGCUCCAAAACAAAGGUGGUUCCCUCUGAUGUUGAUGACAAGUUCUUCAAACUGUCAGAGAUGGAGUCAUUUCUUGAUGAUAUGGACAAGCAAGAAGGAAAGGAGGAUGAGAACGAAGAUGACCUUGACUACUUUCAGGACCUGCCCUCUGAGGAUGAUGACGAUCUUGACCUAGAUCAAAUACUUUCUACCAAAAAGCAAAAGAAAAACACUGCAAAGAGCUCCAGGAAUCUCAAGUACAAGGACUUCUUUGAUGCCGUGGAUAGUGAACCUGCUAAAGCUGAUGACCAGUCAGAUGGUGAGGAUGACAGCAUGGCUGAAAGCCAGGAAGAAGGUGAAGGAGAAAUGGAUGACGAGGAAGAUGAUUAUGACGGUGAAGAGGAGGGUGACGAUGAUGAUGAAGAGGGAAGUCAGUCCAAAGCAGCUCGUAAGACAGUGACCUUUAACCUCUCUGGGGAUGAGGACAGCGAGGGAGAGGACCUGGAGGACAUUUUUGGAGGAAAAAGUCCAAGCUCAGCAAAAUCUGAAUCGAAGUCAUCCUUUGAGAAACGGCAAGAAAAGAUGUCAGAGAAGAUCCAGGAGCUGGAGAAAGCGGCUCUGGGAGAGAAACCCUGGCAGUUGUCUGGAGAGGUGACGGCACAGAGCCGUCCAGAGAACAGCAUGCUGGAGGAAGAUGUGGAGUUUGACCAGACAUCCAGGAUGGCCCCUGCCAUCACAGAGGAAACCACGCUACAGCUUGAAGACAUCAUCAAACAGAGAAUUAAAGACCAAGCGUUUGACGACGUGGUCCGCAAGGAGAAACCCAAAGAGGAGGUGUUUGAGUACAAGAAGAGGCUGACAUUAGACCACGAGAAGAGCAAGCAGAGUCUAGCAGAAAUCUAUGAGCAAGAAUACCUCAAGCAGACUCAGGAAAAGACAGAGGAGGAGGAGAACCCAGCUCAUGUAGAAAUUCAAAAACUUAUGGACACUCUUUUCCUUAAGUUGGACGCUCUCUCCAACUUCCAUUUCACACCCAAACCGCACAUUCCUGAGGUCAAAGUGGUGUCUAACCUGCCAUCCAUUACGAUGGAGGAGGUGGCUCCAGUCAGCGCUAGUGAUGGUACGCUGCUCGCACCAGAAGAAAUCAAGGAGAAGAACAAAGCAGGAGAUAUUCUGGGUGAUGCUGAGAAGACGUCAACAGAUAAGAAGCGUGAGAGACGCCACAAGAAGAAGGUGAAGCGUCUAAAGAUCAAAGAGAAGGAAAAGAGACAGAAACUUAAAGAGGCCAGAACAGCUGGGGAGAACAAAAAGCCAUCAAAGGCCGAAGUCACAGAAAACCUGAAGAAGCUCACAAAAGCAGGCAAAGCCACGAUACUCAAGGAUGAAGGAAAGGACAAGGCUCUGCGGUCCUCUCAAGCUUUCUUCUCUCAGCUGCAGGACCAGGUCAAAAGUGAGAUCAAAAGUUCAAAGGACCAGUCUUCAAAGAAGAAGAAACACAAAGAGGUUUCUGUCAGCAGACUCAAGUUAUAAUAACUGUGAUGGUUUGUUGUGGAACUUUUUAUUGUACAGAUUCUUUUUUAUGAGAAAGCUGCAAUGUAUUAAAAUCUGAAAGUCCUCGUUAAAUGUUUCCAUUUUCAUUCAAAAAAUCAAGUGUCAGGAUGUGUUUUUUUAGCAAAAAGUAGAGCAAUUAUUACAGCAAUUUCAGCUGUUAUAAUAAAUGUUCAUUCACAUGAAAAUAUCAGAGUACUUUCUUUUAUUUAAAGAUGAAUGUGAACUGUCUGAGGACCCACAGUUAUUCAUAACACAGUCUCAUUAGAAAACCAUUAA